GAUGAUCUGUUUCUCAUCACCACAGAGGAUUACAUCAACACAUCAAUGACCGGUUGCUGGCUUCGAUUUCGACCACGAGGCGAAGUACCUUACGAAUCGAGCUUGCCUACACACGACCUUGUUCUUUACCACCACCAGACAUGGCAGAGGCCCUAGGAAUCGCUUCGUCCGUUACCGCCCUCAUUCAAAACACUAUUGUUGUAAUCAACUAUCUAAAGGACGUAAAGAAUGCACCUAAAGAAUGUGACGAGCUCUUGACAGAGCUACGGUAUCUCGAGGUUGGUCUGUCCAGCAUAGGACAGCAGAUUCGGUCGUCGACCAAAGGCGACCCAUGGCUGGAGACAUUACAGCAAUUGCAGGAUCAUUUCAAGGAGCUUAUGGAGUUACUUGAUGAACUCAAGGCGAGACUGAAGGAUGGAUCAUCUCGGCUGAAACGGCUUAUGCGGAGGCUGGAUUGGACAAUCACUAAAAAGAGCGUGGAAGAGGAUUUGAGGAAGAUCGAGCGUCUCAAGUCCUUGAUCAUGGUUGCCGGACAGCAUGAUCAUCUUAAAUUAUCUCUUGCGAUUCAGAAGAUGCUAGGUGAUAUCGAAGUUAAGGUUUGGGAAUCCUUGACAACCAAAGACAAGAACAGGCUGUUCCAAUUGCCGGGUGGCAAAAUCGUAAAUGCGGUGAUGUGGCUGAGCGCUUUGGAUUACAACACUGUUCGACACAACAAACUGGAACACUGGCAGUGCGCGAGCCACAUGGAAGAGUGGUUUUUUGAGUCCCCAGAGUUUCUAAGUUGGGUAGAUGUUGCCAUAGCGCCCUUCACUUUGUGGUGUGUUGGCGAUCCCGGUGUCGGUAAGACAAUCCUUGCCUCUAAUACCGUCGAACGUUUGCACGCGAAGCUCAAUAAGGAAGAUACACUUGUCUUGUGUAUCUUUUGCGACUAUAACAGCACGGUGGACCAGACAGUAACCAACCUCAUGCGUAGUCUCUUGAAGCAGCUCGUCUACUGGCAAGCCCGCCUUAGCCUGACCGCCUCAAUUGAAUUCCUCUACGAUCGGUACUGUCAUGAUGAGACGCAGCCUUCACUUAAAGACUGCAUAAGCCUUCUUUUUGAGGAGUUGAAGUCAUACGACUGCGUCUACAUAGUCUUGGAUGCUUUGGAUGAACUCGACGACGACGGACGCUGGAAAGGGCUCAUUGAUGUCCUGAGGGCAUUAGGUAGCCAGAUUCGUCUCCUUGUGACUUCGAGAAACCUUGAUACGAUACGGUCAUUGUUCGAGGCGGAUACGAAACUGGAGAUCCGAGCAAGUGAUACUGAUAUCGAAAAGUGUAUCAUGGCCGGGCUCAUGAAGGGAAAUCUUCUUACCCUUCUCUCUGAAAACAAGAAUCUGUACGAGAAGAUACUCAAGGCGGUUGUGGAGAAGGCGGAUGGCGUGUUGCUUCUAGCAAGGAUGCACAUGGAAUUGUUGGCCCGUUCUAUUAAUCAUGCGCAGCUUAAGAAGGAGCUGGAUAAACUGCCGGAUACCAUUACGCAGACGUAUGAGUAUCUGCUGGCUAGGAUAGACAGUCUGCCGAACAAAGACCUCGCCUAUCGCAUAUUUGGCUGGGUAACCUUUGCUGCACGACCCUUGACAGUGUUGGAACUGCAGUACGCACUGGCCAUAGAACCAGGAACUAAACAACUCGAUCCAGCUGCUAUUACCAACGAGGACAUUAUUACAAGUGUUUGCAUGGGCCUUGUCGUCAUUGGCAGCAAAGGAGAGGUCAGGUUUACUAUACUGUCCAAGAAUAUUUCACUUUGCACAAAGACAGGCUUUCCCCCCACAUCCAGGAGUCAGAUAUCACCCGCACCUGCCUGACAUACAUGUCAUUCGACAUUUUUGAUUCUCCCGGUAAUUUCGCACUAGGGUAUUACGAUGACCGGAAAGACCAUUGCCCUUUUCUCAAAUAUUCAUCAAAUAACUGGACAUACCAUGCCAGGAAAUGCUCGCCAGGCUCUAUGGAAAAGGAGAUCCUUGCUUUCUUGUCAACUCGGACAGUAAUUGCUCUGUCUUGUGAGCAAUGGCCAGGCACAGAACCUAAAACACCACGCACUCCUGCAUGGUUUGCUGCCCAUUAUGGCCUGGCACAUGUCAUGAAGAUGCUGGUCGAUAAAGGGGUUGACUUGCAGGAGGAAAACACGUUGUGUGUAGCAGCGCGUGCAGGGCAGCUUGACAUAGUAAACAUGUUACUGUCACGAGACGACGUGGAUGUGAACCAAGCUGACAAGGUCACAUAUCUUGAUUUCCAUCGCCAUUAUGGGUCCUUUAAUCCGAUCUCAUACCAACUCGCGAUGUAUGGAAA